UCUCAUGACUCGAGACAUUGGACGCCCGUUCACUACCAGACCACUGAUCGACUUCAUUCAGCCCUUCACAACCGGACGCUCUCUUAUUCGCCGCCGUCUCACAACCCUUUGAGUGCGAGUUCUGCCGCGUGUUCGACGGACAGCGCCGGGAGUUCGCUAUCAAUAGAAGACUAUGAGAGCAGUCACUGUUUGACGCCUGUGUCCGAACACCACUCCGGCCUUCACAACAGUCUCAUACCAUCAGAACCUCCCAUAUCUGAAGAAGACGCUCAAACUGACGACUACCUGUCAAUGUCUCCAACAAACAGUUCUGGGAGACAGUCAUCUGGUUUCAGAUCUCAUCUCAAUCUCAACUUUUAUCCAACCAAUACAUCUCCCAUAACAUCGCCAACAGUGGGAUCAACGAAGUCA